CAAGAAUGAUUAUCCGGGAUAUCAGAACAAGAGAGCCGAUGGAGGUCAUUCGAAUGCGCCAUUUUGGCUUGGGGAUUGCUGUACUUACAAGUUUAAGCUCAAUCAAUCGGCCUAAACAACAGAAAUCCAAGAGGAAAGGUUUGGUUUGCUUCUUCUCUGUUUUUCGACGCUUUCGAGAGUCUGUUUAACCGAAAGCGAACAACAAAACAGAAAAUGGGAGGUAGACCUUCUAAGCAUAUUCACACCCAUGUGCACAUCCAUGGUCUUAAUCAGGAGCAGCCAUCAAAAUGUUCAUGUGGUCAUAGCCCUCCCCCGAGCACGAGUUCUGGACCUUCUUCCCAAUAUCCAAGUUAUAAAAUAAAUGGUGAUGAUUUUGAAUCCCUUGAACAGGUAACUGAUGCCCUUGAAAAAGCAGGCUUGGAGUCCUCCAACCUGAUCAUUGGGAUUGACUUCACAAAAAGCAAUGAGUGGACUGGAACCAAAUCUUUCAUGGGGAGGAAUCUGCAUGACCUUGCUGGAGCUUUUCUCAAUCCCUAUGAACAAGCAAUAUCCAUCAUCGGGAGGACACUUGAAAAAUUCGACGACGAUAAUAUAAUUCCAUGCUACGGCUUCGGAGACGUUACUACUGGAGAUCGGGAAGUUUUUAGCUUUCAUCCGGAUGAUAGGCCCUGCCAUGGUUUUGAGGAAGUGCUCUUUUGCUACAGAGAACGAGUACCUCACGUGAAACUGGCUGGUCCGACGUCCUUUGCUCCAAUCAUCAGAAAUGCCAUCAGAAUAGUCAAUGAUAGCGGCGGCCAGUAUCAUAUUCUUCUGAUAAUUGCUGAUGGCCAAGUAACAAGGAGUAUAGACACUCGUCCAGGCCACCUUAGUCCUCAAGAACAAAGCACUAUAGAUGCUAUUGUGGAAGCAAGCAAAUAUCCUUUAUCCAUAAUCUUGGUCGGUGUCGGUGAUGGGCCAUGGGGUCAAAUGAACGAGUGUGAUGAUCAAAUCCCAGCUCGCGACUUUGACAAUUUUCAGUUCGUGAAUUUUACCGAGAUCAUGUCCAAGGGUACUUCCCCAUCUAAAAAGGAGACCGAGUUUGCACUGCAAUGUCUGAUGGAGAUACCACCACAAUACAAGGAAACAAUGAGGCUCCAACUUCUGGGCCAAAAAAGAGAAACACAAGAGCAUUUGCCUUUUCCACUGCCACGGCCUCCUCCAUUCAUCAAUAAUUUUCGCAACUAUUCUCCAAGCUAUAGGCGCACAGACAGUGACAUAACAUCUGCAUCUUUCUCGGGUCCCUCUUCUCCAGCUCACUCAAUACUUUCCCGGUCAUCUACAUGGUCGUCAUCACCGUCAUUUAAUAGGAUUUGUCCAAAAUGCUACUUCAAUGAGAAAGAUCUUGCAUUUGGAUGUGGACAUCAGACAUGCUCGGAUUGUGGUAAAGAUCUCAUCUUCUGCCCAACAUGCCAGACCCAGAUAACCAAAAGUAUAAAGUUGCGGAACUAACUAGCUGCAGCCAGUUCCAGGAAUUCUCUGAAAGGCAUUUUCUGUAUUGCUAAAGUAAUCGUAGAAGAGAUUGUGUGCAGUGUGCUUUACAAGAAUUGCUAAAGUAGUCGGAGUUUGGAGUGUGUUUGUUCAUUUUGAUUUGUGUGUACAAAACAGAAAGUGUAAUGUGCUAUCCUCAAAUCAUUUCCUGAAAUAAAAAGUUGAGCUAACAAACAAGCACUUUGAUUUCAA